CACAUCAUGAAAAGGAAGGACUCCUCGGAAAAGGCCACAAUGCUGAGAAAGUUGGAGGGAAGAGAGGAAGGCCACAGGCCAGAUGGAGGAUGAUGGACUCUAUCAAGGAGGUCACUAUGGGUUUUAUGGGGUUGCAGGAAUUCAGCAGAGCAGCAGAGGACAGAGAGGGUCUUGGAGGGGUCUCAUCCAGAAGGUUCCCAUGAGUCGAGAUCAACUCGAGUGCAGUUAACAAAAAAUGUAUGCCAAGCAAACGGGGCACUUGAAAAGGGGAUUUGCGGGGACCAUUUCUCGAAGCCCUAGAGAAUCUUUCCUGCCCCUUCCUCAGGUGGUGACAUAAUAAAUGAAGGUGGAAUACAUGGAGCUGUGAAGAUUCUGUAGAUUUCUCAGGAAUGUGCUGGAUCCAGAUGCCCCUGGCUUUCAUGGAAGCCCAAUGGGAGGGAUUUUCCCCCUGUGGAAGAAAAGCUGGGCCUUGAAGAACUGAGAUGGCUGAUGUUGAACUAUCACACUUGGCCCCAGAGGAGAGAUGGAGGAUGGAGCACGCCCGGAUGCAUGCCAAGCACCGCGGCCACGAGGCCAUGCACGCCGAGAUGGUCCUGAUCCUCAUCGCCACCCUGGUGGUGGCCCAGCUCCUCCUGGUACAGUGGAAGCAGAGGCACCCCCGCUCCUACAACAUGGUGACCCUUUUCCAGAUGUGGGUUGUCCCCCUUUACUUCACAGUGAAGCUGCACUGGUGGCGGUUCCUGGUCAUCUGGGUCUUCUUCUCGGCCGUGACGGCCUUUGUCACCUUCAGAGCCACUCGGAAGCCUCUCGUCCAGACAACGCCCAGGUUGGUUUACAAGUGGUUCCUGUUGAUAUAUAAGAUCAGUUACGCCACAGGAAUUGUGGGCUACAUGGCCGUCAUGUUCACGCUCUUUGGACUUAAUUUAUUAUUCAGAAUCAAGCCGGAAGAUGGGAUGGAUUUUGGGAUUUCUCUCCUGUUCUACGGACUCUAUUAUGGAGUACUGGAGCGCGACUUUGCGGAAAUGUGUGCAGAUUACAUGGCGUCCACUAUAGGGUUUUACAGUUCAUCAGGAAUGCCAACAAAGCACCUCUCGGACAGCGUCUGUGCCGUAUGUGGCCAGCAGAUCUUUGUCGACGUAAACGAAGAAGGGAUCAUAGAGAACACCUACAGACUGUCCUGCAAUCAUGUCUUCCACGAGUUCUGCAUCCGGGGCUGGUGCAUCGUUGGGAAGAAGCAGACCUGCCCCUACUGCAAAGAGAAGGUGGACCUCAAGCGGAUGUUCAGCAACCCCUGGGAACGGCCCCAUGUCAUGUACGGUCAGCUGCUGGACUGGCUCCGCUACCUGGUGGCCUGGCAGCCGGUCAUCAUAGGACUGGUACAAGGCAUUAACUACAUCCUGGGACUGGAGUAGCCCUUGCCGCUGCCGCCCCACUACUCCCAAUUCCUCCCACCUCCACCAGCGCAUGACUGGGGAGCUGUGCCCACCGAGCUGCGCGGCAGAGGAACAGCGUGGAGACCCAACCAAGACGCAGUUUUUAAAAAUCACUUACCUCUCAGGAUCGUGGCCUCUUGCCUGACGUGACUCCGCUGGCUAAAAUGGAAAGGACUUGGCACAAGGGGAACGCCACCGAGGCCGGCUUGUGCCGUCUGGGGGUUGGGAGGAGAGGGAAGAGCCUUUUUUAAAAAAAGAAAAAGAAAAAAUAAUUAUUUUAAUGAGCAUAUUUAAGGUCUUUUUAUUGCUGAUGUAAAAUGGAGAGUAGGUUUCUCCUUCCCUCAACCCUCUGCUGUCUGUUCCUUAGUUGCCCUUUUGCUCUAGAACUAGAAACACCAACAAGAAAACAUUUCUGCAGAAACUUUUCUUCGGUCUGGUUUUGGAGAGACCCUUUUUUCCCAGCAUGGUCUUGUGGCGAAGCCGGUCUCCUCUAGCCUUCCUGCGACGGCCGGAUCAGCACUUGAGAGAAGCAAGAGCCUGUGGGUGCGCUUGCGUGUCGAAUGCAAUGUUUGCUAUUGCACCCUGUUCAUGGAUUUGGGUCCCAUUUGCAUCUCUCCAGCCGGGUACAGAAAAGAAAGACCAGAAGCCAAAGCACUGCCAGAGGAGAGCUGUGUAUGGCCCCUUUGGAGGGACAGACACCUGAGUCGCCACAAAGAAUAAAAGCCCUGAUCUGGGGCCUCCUUGGCCUCCCCUUUUCCCUGUGUGUCGGCCAGAAGACAUGAUGUGCUGCCUGUUCUGGCUUAGAUGUAGGAUCCUGACAUCCUUCGCCUUGCGUUUUUGCACUGUCUCUUUGCAUCCUUUCUGCUCACCGUUUUGGAUUCUGCUUCCUCUUGGUUCUCUUCUAGAAGCACGCCAAACCCUGUCACGCAGCAGACAUGUGCUACCAUCCCUCAAAGCAUACAGCAGAUGUGCGUAUUGCGUGGUUUGCCAGUUUUCCUUCCAAGAGUGGCCUGUGUGAGAUGCUUUUGAUUCUCAGGGCAGAGCUGAUUGUCCAUUUCCCAUUUGAAAGGAAGAUCGUGUUGCACACUCCAUACUUGGGUAUCUGACAGUCCUUCCCCAAGCCAGCAACCAUCAGAGCAACCUGCCUUCCCUACCUGGUUUUGUGCAUUGCCUUGGUUAACUUCUUAUGUUCAGAGAGUAGCCCCAGAAACCUGCUCGUUUUAACAGGUAUUAAGGAAAGCAUGUGACUGCUGAAGAGCUGAACUUCCUUAGAUGCUUGCAAGUGUCACACUGUGAGAGGCACGGCCGAGGCUGUCUUGUGCCACAGACUGUUGCACACCAGUGAGGAACCAUCCCUGUGUGCCAGUGUACAUCUGGGUGUGCGCAAAGUCCCACCCGGGUGGACCCUGCCUGCCUUCCCAGGUAAGUUUUUGGUGAGCAAACAGUCUCUCCUCCUUGUGAGGAAACCAGAAGCAGGCUUUGUGGUUCAGUAUUGGUUGGUGAGCCAUGAAUCCCACAGACUCCAGUUGCUCAACCUGCAGAAAAACAGCCAGUUGCCAUGAUGCCUUGCCAGGUGUUGUCCCACAACCAUCCAUUCCAACCUUUUUGGGGGGAGACCUCCAGCUCAUAGAAGAAGAGAUGGCCUGGUUGCGAGAAUCACCUCUCAGAAGGCAAAGCCGGUCCAUUGCAUGGAUGAGGAGCCAUUGAGGGCUUGUAGGACUGAUUCUCCAUGGUCUCUUUUAUUCUUGGACUGCAGAAGUGGCUCUCUUCGGCCACAUCUGAGAACUAGGAACCCACUGGCCGGGGAAGAGCAACUUCUCAAGAAGGUUUUUGCAAAUCCUGUCUGGCGAUUCUGGAGUCCCCAGGUCAAGGCAAACAUUUCACUUUGAACAAGGACUGUCUCCUUGUGGUUCUGUGAUGGCAACCCUGUUCAUCUUCAUUGUGUGUCAGUGUUGUUUGCCUUCAGGGCACAGUGUUUCUUUCCAAAGGACUCUUGGUGCUGGGGUUGCAAUCUUGGCUGGUGCUGAGCCGUUUGUGAAUUGUGCCCCAUUGAGCAUCCGGUGCAACAGAGGAGCCAAACAUACACAUUGCAGAGAGAUGCCCAUCAAGCAAGAUGGCUCCAGGACUGAAGGAGCGUGAGAAUAAAGCCUCUGAGCAAUGGGCCAGGUGGCAUCUGGUUACCCAUUUGGCAAUCGUCCUUUUAUUUUCCCUGGAGUUUGUGAGUGAGUGUGUGUGUGUGUGUAUCUGCACACUCUCAAACGGUUGGGACUGUUAACAGCUGGGCUCUUUAGUCCCCAAAACAAAGGACUGACAUCGGAGAGGUUUCCUGUUCAAAAGUCAUAGUGUGGCUUAAUGUCUUCUCUUUUCUAAAGAAAACCAAGCGUGAUAAGUUUUGCUGAACUGCUUGUUCUUCUCUUUCCGAAUGCUCUCUGGUUGACUGGAAGCACUGCGCAUGUUUGGUCACUUUUGUAAAAAGCAAGGGGAGCAGCUGGCCUCAAAGGGCUGUGAAAUACAUAGAUCUUUUCCACCUCUGUGGCAUCAUGGGAAACACAUGCCUGUUUUCAUGGCGUUGCUGUUCUUCCGAGGCAUCAUUUCAGCUCAACGUGGCUUGUGUUUUGGUUUUGGUUUUAAUUCUCCUUCUUCUUAAUUACCUGUUUUCUAAACCAACAUAUUAGUUUACCUCCUGUUUCUGACCUCUUACGGCAAACGCUGUUCCUUCUUCCAAAGAUAUUUGGGGACGGGAUGGACCCCUUGCUGUCUCCACUGGGGAUUUUGGCAGGUUUAAUCAACCCAAAGUCUGCAACGGUUUUAAAAGAGCACUGUAGGAAAAGAGAACCACAAACCUGAACUGACAUGAAACCUAAGCCGUCUAUCCGUCCGUCCGUGAGGGCUGUGCAUGUUGAGCAAAUGAAGAGCAUUGCAGAAGAAUGGGAGAAAUUGGGCAAGGGAAAUGCAAGAGUAUUUGGGAGAAGAGGGCUGUCACUCCACAUUGAGGCAGGUUCCCUUUCCUGCCCUUUCCAAAUCAGCAUUUUCCAUGGCAAACAGGAAGAUGGAGUUGUCUCUCUGGACCCGGAGAGGCCACCGAUUGCCUUCAGAGGCUGUCGGACUGCAACUCCCAGCAGCCUGCAAUCCAGCAUGGCCCAUGGUGAGGAAUGCUGGGAGCCAGUUUAGAUUCCCGCCCGUGUUACUUGUGGGUGUUCUUACUAAAGGUAUGCCUGAACAGACAGAAUUACAGGGCUUGGGGGAGUCGGGUGUAAAGAAAGGGUUGAAGUUGUUAACCUUUCUUUUCUCAAAUGAUCAGAAAAUAUUUCAGAGUUCCCUGCAAGAAAAAUAAAGGAAUAAAGCAAAACUUUCCCAGGUUGCAAAUGACGUCCUCUUCUGCGCUUUCUGGGUCGAUG